AUGAGGGGAAAGAACAUCAGUAAUAUCAGAGAAUUCAUUCUUCUGGGGUUCCCCACAGCCUUGUGGCUCCAGUAUCUGCUUUUUGUUCUCUUCCUUUUUGUUUACCUCUUUGUCUUGGUGGAAAACUUCAUUAUCAUCUUCAUCAUCUGGGCCAACAGCUCCCUUCAUAAGCCUAUGUAUUAUUUCCUAGGUAACAUGUCAUUCCUAGAAGUUUGGUAUGUCUCUGACAUCAUUCCCAAGAUGCUGAGUGGUUUUCUCUUUCAGCAAAAAAGUAUCUCAUUUGUUGGAUGCAUGACUCAGUUGUACUUCUUCAUCUCUCUGAUCUGCACAGAGUGUGUCCUUCUGGCCUCCAUGGCCUAUGACCGCUAUGUGGCCAUCUGUUUCCCACUCCGGUAUGGAGUAAUCAUGACCACAGGACUCUGUGUGCAAUUGGUGGCCUUUUCCUAUGCAAUUGCUUUCACAAUUUCUGUGAUCAAGGUCUACUUCAUCUCUCAUGCUACAUUCUGUGGUUCCAGUGUCAUUAACCACUUUUUCUGUGAUAUUUCCCCUAUCCUUAAACUAGCUUGCACAGACUUUUCAACAGCUGAACUUGUUGACUUUGUCCUGGGGUUCCUCAUCCUGGUGUUCCCACUCAUUUCUACCAUGCUGUCAUAUGGCUACAUCUCCUCAACUGUCAUUCGAAUCCCAUCAUCCACAGGCCGCUGGAAAGCCUUCUCCACAUGUGCCUCCCAUCUCAUUGUUGUGAUCAUUUUCUACACAGCUUUGAUUUUCAUGUAUGUCCGUCCCAAAGCCAUUGACCAAAGGAGUUCCAACAAACUGAUUUCAGUCAUAUACACUGUUGUAACUCCAAUUGUGAAUCCUUUGAUUUACUGCCUGAGAAAUAAUGAAUUCAAGAAUUCCCUGAAAAAAACUAUGGGUAUAGCUCAUACUCCUAAAAAAUAA